AAGGCGUUGGAUCUGUUACAGUCUAGAUAUGGAAACAAGCGGCUAAUUUUCCAAGCUCAUAUCCAACAUAUUUUCGAAGUACAGGGAGAAACAAGGCCGAAUGCAUCAUCGAUGAGGGCGUUCAUAGACGUCGUCAAUACCAACUUACGAGCUGUGCAAUCACUAGCUUCAAAUCAGCAAGUAUCAGAUGGCAUACUCUUGCAUCUGGUAUCCUCAAAGCUCAAUACAGACACGAAGGCCAAGUGGGAGGAAGAGGUUACCCACUUGUUUGAUCAGCGAUCAACUGCCAUGAGUUUUCAACUGCCCACUUGGGAGGACUUAGCAAAAUUCUUAGAACGUCGUUGUCAAAUUGCAGAUAUUUUGGAAGCCGGGCAGCCUAAAACACUCGUACCAAGAACUCAGCUAACAACACAUAGGCACAACAAACGUGACGAAAAAUGGGCCAUGGUGAGUACCAAACAAGCAAAGUGUGAAUUUUGCAAUGCGGUUCCCCAUCAUAAUGCCUUCAAAUGCGACACGUUCCGUGCCAUGGAUCCACUUGCAAGAUAUAACUGUGUGAAAGGACUGAACUUGUGCUUGAAUUGCCUUGGAUCAGGUCAUAAAUCGAAUGAUUGUCCUUCAGUCCAUCGCUGUAAACACUGCAAUGUAAAACACCAUACACUAUUACAUCGAAAUGAUUCAGCCAUUACCAACGUAUCACCAAGAGCAGGUUUGCUCUCAUCAUCUGCUCUUAAGGUGAGUCUCGAUCAAUCAGAAGUUAUUCUUGGAACAGCAAUUAUUCAUGUUUUUAAUUCUCGGGGAGUGAGCAUCCGAGCUCGCGCUCUGCUAGAUUCCGGAUCUCAACUGCAUUUCAUCACGGAGAAAUUGGCACAACAUUUAAGAGUAACUCGAAAGGGCGUAGAUAUCGACGUCAGUGGAAUAGGUCAAAGGAGAGCAAAGGCACAACAUUUAUGUUGCAUAACGAUUAAAUCUCUAACCGAAGAGUAUAGUGCUACCAUUGAUGCACUAAUCAUACCAUCCAUUACGUCAUGUCAACCUAGUCGUCGCAUCGAUCAGUCAACCAUUUCGAUUCCAGAUACCAUUUCCAUCGCUGAUCCGACAUUCAACAUACCAGGACAAAUUGACAUACUCAUUGGAGCAGGAUUAUUUUUUGAGAUACUUAGUAAGGGCCAAAUACGUCUCAAUGGUCCAGUAAUACAAAAUACCAAAUUUGGUUGGGUGGUUGCAGGUGCAAUUCCUGCGCACGUAACAUCAGCAGCUGAUCCAUCACCUCCAUACAAAGCAUUCACAUCAGUCACAUCAGAGUCCAUUUUAGAUAAGCUCCUGGAAAGGUUUUGGGCAAUCGAAGACAUUCCAGCAUCGUCAUCGUCGACUCUAUCAUCGGAUGAGCUCGAAUGUGAAUCCUAUUUCAGCUCUACUACUCACAGAUGUCCCUUUACCAAUAAGUUCAUUGUUCGCCUUCCAUUUCGUGAAGAACCGCAUCACCUGGGUACUUCAGAAGAAACCGCAGGCAAAAGAAUGUUUUCGUUAGAAUCCAAACUGAACCAAAACUCAAAUCUUCGCAGAGAUUACAAUGAAUUCAUGGAAGAAUAUAUCAAUAUGAAGCAUAUGAUUCCAGUUAAUUUGGAAUAUUCACCAAGAAAUCGCCUAAACUAUAUUCCCCACCACGGGGUCACAAAACUUGACAGCUCGACUACUAAGCUGCGGGUAGUCUUUGACGCCUCCUGCAAAACCUCAAAUGGAUAUUGCCUAAACGACAUGUUGAGAGUUGGUCCCCAGCUACAAGAUACGAUAUUCACAAUUUUGACCCGAUUCAGAAGACACAAAUAUGUCAUUAUGGCUGACAUUGCCAAAAUGUAUAGGCAAAUCUGGGUCGACGAACGAGAUACCCAAUGGCAAUGCAUUUUCUGGCGCCCUACCUCUCAACAACCACUUACCACAUAUCAGCUACAAACAGUUACUUAUGGAACUAGUUGCGCACCGUACCUUGCUGUAAAAUGCCUUCAACAGCUGGCAAUUGAUGAAGCGAAAACUUACCCAAUCGGAUCAAAGAUGCAAGCACUAAGGCAUAUGGAGCAUGUGUGUAUGCAGCAUGGAGUGAUGCAUAUGGUGAGCAUUCGUCACUACUCUGUGCUAAAUCUCGAGUGGCACCAACGAAAGAGAUUACAUUACCUAGGCUAGAACUUUGUGCAGCCCUAAUGGCCGCAGAACUGAUGUCAGCAGUUAACAACAUACUCAA